GCCUUAAGACAUAUCAUACUAGCUCUAAAAAGGGAAGUCAGGAUUGGAUUGCUCCUGAAUCAUAUUGUAAAGAUGAAGAUUCAGUUGAUAAAGCACGUUACACGUUACAAAAAAGAGUCAGAUGUAAUGAACGCAGGAAUGUUGGCUUAUUAUGUUGCAACAAAAGGGAAGCAUCCUUUUGGAACUGAAGACUGUAGACUACAAAACUUGUUAGAUGGAAAUCAUGUUGGCUUGUAUGAAAUAAAGGAUGCUGCUUUCCUAGACCUUUUGUUAUGGAUGCUACAACUAAAACCAGAAGACAGGCCAUCAGCCAACGAGGCGUUAAAACAUCCUUAUUUACAAUCCGAUAAGGAGAAGUUUGACAUGCUGUGUGAUGUUGGGAACCAACCAGAGAUAAAACCAUCGAAAGGUCAAAAUUCGCAUGUUCGUAAACAGUUGGAUUGUCAUUCAAAUUGGAUGGAGCUUAUCGAUGAUGAAGUAUUAGAAGAUUUCAAAACCUUUAAAACAAAUGGCAAAAAGAAAACUUUGACUUACAAGCCUACAUGGGCAAGUUGUUUAAGAUUUAUACGAAACGUUGGCCAGCAUUGGAAGGAUAAGCCUCGUCCACAUCUAUCGCCAUAUGUCAAAGAAGGAAACUAUAAAAAGUACUUUUUGCAACAUUUUCCCGAUCUUUCUCUUCGUGUGCAUAAAAUCAUAAGGUCAACUGACUGGAAAACAAGAACUGAUCUCGAGGAACAUUUUACCUAUACUGUGGAUCAUGUGAAAAUUGAAGAAGUUAGUGUAAAGAAAAGCAAAGACGUCAUGGACAAUGUAUAUCUUGACGAAUUGCAGCUGCGUGAAUGGAAAUACAAUGAUAAAUCGACAAAACAUAAGGAAUUGUUUUUAAAAUUAAUCGAGUAUGGGAAAGACCCUAAUGUUGAGGUUAAACAUGUGGACGAUGUACGUGUAAUUUUCUCAGAAGAGUUUUUACUUGGCAAAGGAAGUGAUGGAACCCGUGUUUAUCUUGGACUGGGAAAGGAUGGUUACGGUAAAGCAGUGAAACGAAUUCUUCGUGAUACUUAUUUGGCAGAGCAUGAAGAAAAAAUUUUUAAUGAAAUCAGUGCUAAGAAGUCAGAUUAUGUGCUAAAUUAUUAUUGCUCGAGACAAGAUACAGGAACAGAAUAUGUCCAUUUGAUUCUCGAUCUAUGUGAAGAAUCGUUGGAGCGUUUUGUGCUAUCCGAAUCAAAUAGUUUAGAUUAUCUUCAAAAAUCCCUUCCCAACAUUUUCAAGCAAAUAUUGAACGGCUUAGUUGAUCUUCACAGCGAUCCACGUCCCAUUCUUCAUCGAGAUUUGAAACCUUCCAAUGUUCUCCGAGACACACAAGGCAAAUUUUUGAUAGCCGAUUUUGGUAUUAGUCGAAUUAUGAAGAAUGGCUCUCAGACAAAUGUAAGCGAUGCUAAUAGGGGAACUCCGCAUUGGAUUGCCCCUGAAUCUUAUAUUGUUGAUGAAAAUCUAAUUGAUAAAGCACGUUACAAAACAAAGUCUGAUGUAAUGAAUGCAGGAAUGGUGGCUUACUUUGUUGCAACAAAAGGAAAACAUCCUUUUGGUACUAAAGAGUGCAUACUUCAAAAUUUGUUGAAAGGAAAACCUGUUGGCUUGAAGGAAAUCAGUAAUGUCGAACUAAAUGAUCUUCUUUCAUGGAUGCUACAACAUAAACCCGAACUCAGGCCAUCUGCAAAGGAGGCGUUAAAACACCCUUAUCUACUAUCUGAUGAAGAAAAGUUUGAGUUGCUGUGUAAAGUUAGGAAUCAACCGGAGAUAAAGAUACCGAUACAUUUAGAUCAUCCUCUCAGCUAUGAUGUCCAUGAGCAGUUAAAUGGGUUAAAAAAUUGGAAGGAUCAUAUUGAUCUUGAAGUCUUCAGUAAUUUCAAUGUGGGACACUACGAUGCUACAUGGUUAGGUUGCUUGAAUUUUAUACAAAAUGUUUACCAGCAAUGGAAGGAUGAGCAUCGUACAAAACUGUCACCAUAUAUCAAGAAAGGCAACUAUAAAGAGUAUUUUGUACGGGUUUUACCAGAGCUUCCUCUUCUGGUGCACAGAAUCAUGAGGUUAAAUGAAUGGGUCCUAAGACCUGAUAUGGAAAAACGUGUUCCUACUUCUUACGAAAAGAUAUCUUUGCCAUCUCCCAUGAGUGACAACGACUAUGACGACAUUGACAAAACUCCUUCUUCAGCAAUACUUGAUGCAGAAGAUAAUUUGGAUGAACACAUUAAAAUCUUCAAAAGUAAAUUUCUUGACAAACGCAGUAACAUUAAAGCUGACGUGUGUGAUGUACUUGAAAGCUUCACGUGGCUACGUGGAGAGUAUGGAACAGCUGGCCCAAACGAGAAGAUGCCAUUUCCUCACUUAUAUGUCAUGGUUGAUGAUAGUCAAGAAAAAUCGAAUGAAAUUAUAAAGCAAGAGAUUGAUGGAAAAUUUGGAUGGGAAGCUUCGAAAUAUAUUGAUUUGCCACGCAAAGCUCCUAAAAAAGCAAAUUUUCGAUUGCUGUCUGAUUUUCGCGCUGCAAGAAAGGAUCAAAAUGACGUAGGAUCUCGUGGUACAUUGACAAUCAUUUGUCGAAAGGAAGAACGGUAUUUUGCUUUAACUUGCGCACAUGUUGGUGUUGAUAGUGACUUUGCUGACUGCCAAGGCGUGUUCAAUCGCGAAGACUGGUUGAAAAUUCGCGAUGCUGUGAAUUCUAAUUUCAUGAAAUAUAACAUGGUUUACUUUUACAAACCUUCUCACAAGGACAGUGAGGUGCAACUUGGCCAUGACCGCAACGACGCGGUUUGCGGUUCGAUGAAGAAACAGACAUCAUGUGUAUUUCUGUUGGUAAAACAGUUUUCAACAGGUGCCUUGGAAAAUACAUGAAAAGUUUUCAAUUAAGUUUAGAAAAUGCAGAUGACGAACUUUUUCGACGAGUUGUUCAGAAAAAUGAAUGCGUCGACGCACGCAUUACUGUGAACAACAAAUCCAAGCAUAGCAAGAUCACAGGGUACAAUUAUUGUUAUUGGUCCCAAUAUUUAAAAAGAUCUAUAUUUAGAAAUGCAGUCAAGGU